AUGUCUCACGCAGCGGAAUACGACUACCUCUUCAAGCUCCUCCUGAUCGGAGACUCCGGUGUAGGGAAGUCCUGUCUCUUGCUCCGAUUCGCAGACGACACGUACACCGAAUCGUACAUCUCGACCAUCGGUGUGGAUUUCAAGAUUAGGACGAUCGAGUUGGAGGGAAAGACGGUCAAGUUGCAAAUCUGGGAUACUGCGGGUCAGGAGAGGUUCAGGACGAUCACUUCGUCGUACUACCGAGGCGCUCACGGAAUCAUCGUUGUAUACGACGUUACCGACAACGACACCUUUACCAACGUCAAGCAGUGGUUGCAGGAGAUCGAUCGUUAUGCCGUUGAGGGUGUCAACAAGUUGCUCGUCGGUAACAAGAGCGAUCUGACGAGCAAAAAGGUCGUAGAACACGCCGUGGCCAAGGAGUUUGCCGAUCAGCUCGGAAUUCCUUUCCUCGAGACUUCGGCCAAGAACGCUACCAACGUCGAGCAGGCAUUCUUGACCAUGUCCAAGCAGAUCAAGGACCGAAUGGGAUCGAGCUCGAUGGCCGCUGGACCAGGUGGAAAGUCGGCCCUCAAGGUCGGCGAGAAGGUCGAGCAGAAGGCUGCUGGAGGAUGUUGUUAA